AUGAUCGCCUCCAAGACCCUCAUCGGCCUGGCCACCGUUCAGGCUGUCUCUGCUCACUUCGGGCUUGUCUUCCCCACAUGGCGAGCUGAUACUCUUACUGAAGAGAACGAGGACCGCUACAGCCAAUGGACUUAUCCCUGUGCUGGUGUCGACUACAACAAGAAGAACCUCACUGACUGGCCCCUCGAGGGUGGUUCUCUCACACUCGACCUUCACCACGACUGGUCCUACAUCUUUGUCAACCUCGGUCUCGGCGAGAACACCACCAACUUCAACAUCUCCCUCACACCCGAGUUCCUCAACGCCACCAACGCUGGCACCCUUUUCAUUGAAGAGCUCACCCUUCCCUCCAGCGUCAAUGUCUCGGACGGAGAUAUCGGCAGUAUCCAGGUUGUGACUGUUGGCGAAAGUGGUAGUGCGCUCUACAACUGUGCCGACAUCCGCUUCAAGAAUAACGCAAAGGGACCCAGCAACAAGACUGGCGAUGUUGACUACGUCAUGAUCAAGCAGCAGGAUGGCAAUGGAACUGAGGAUAGUGGUUCCAACUCCUCGUCCUCAGGAGACAAGGGUGACAGUGGCAACGGAGCAGGCAUGGUUGGUGUCAACACGAUGGCUUUGACCUCUGUCGUGGGUCUUGCAGCCGCGUUUGCAAUGGGAUUCAGCCUAUAG